CACACACAAAUACACACACACCCCCAAGAGGUUAAUUAUAUAGAACGAUAUAGAAAUGCUGAUCUGUUUACCGCCCUCCUAUGCCAAGCUCGCUUUAAUUUUCACUCUCCCCAGCGCCACGCGGACGGAUGGCAACAUUCCCGCAAGGUGAAGGCGUGAACGUGGGAAUGCCCACCACCUUCUCCUCCUUUUCCUUCCCCUUCGUCAGAGUGUAACCGACCCCGCUAAGGCAAGGAAGGGUUUUGAUUGUCCCUUCUGUGGGCAGCUCCGUCCUCCUCCCGCUGCGGAGGAAACACGGGUGGGCACCCCCUUUCUUCCCCUUCCCUGACAGCGGGGAUCGGGGGGAGGGGAAGGGAGCAGAAGGCGAUCUGGGCCAUCGAUCGGCGGAGGCGCGUUCUUUUCCCCUUCUCCUCCCCGAGGCACGGGAAGUGGGGCAUGACCCCCGUCUCCCUCGCCGUGUUUGGGAAUGGAUUUCCAGACUGCCCGGUUCCUGUGUUGCUGGUGCUUCUGGCCGCUCCUCAUCGGUCUUCCUCUCACCCAAGGAACUGACUGCAAACUUGGCUGUCAUCCUGUAAAUGGAUUUUGUAAGAUCCCAAAUGAAUGCAGAUGCCGGCCUGGUUGGCAAGGCCCUCUCUGUGACCAGUGUAUCCCGUUUCCUGGCUGUCUCCACGGGACCUGUGCCAAACCAUGGCAAUGCAUGUGUGAAGAAGGGUGGAUCGGCAGCCGUUGUGAUACAGAUGCUCACCCUUGCUCUUCGAAACCUUGUACAAAUAAUGCAACUACUUGCAUAGAGACAGGCAAUGGUGGAUACAUUUGUGUAUGUGCCGAAGGUUAUACAGGAAAAAGCUGCCGUGUCAAGAAGGGACCCUGUACAGUGAAUGGUUCGCCCUGUCAGAAUGGAGGGACCUGUGUGGACGAUGAUGGUUUCGCACCCCACGCCUCUUGUCUGUGUCUUCCUGGGUUUAACGGAAAUUUUUGUGAAAUAGAUCUUGAUGACUGUGAGCCAAACCCAUGUGAAAAUGGGGGCACGUGCUUGGAUAUCGGCAGGGGCUUCCGCUGCCAUUGCCCCUCAGGGUAUGGAGGGACCUUGUGCAGCAGCCACGUGGCAGCCUGCAUGAGCAACCCUUGCAAAAAUGGUGGUACAUGUCAUGCACACCCUGAGGGAACUUUUGAAUGUCUUUGCAGGCCCCAUUUUGGAGGGGUCACCUGUGCUUCUUCCAAUAGAAAUGCAAGUCUGAACAGUAAGGCUAAGCACAGGCUGAAUCAACACUCAAAAGCUCACCACCAAGUCAUUCACCCACCAGAGCGGGAAAUCUUGACCAUCAAAGAGACCAUUGAAAACCGGCAGCCAUUACUCAGUAAGAGUCAGGUGAUCUGCUUCAUGGUUCUGGGCUUACUGACGUGUCUCGUUGUGCUGGGUACAACUGGGAUUAUCUUUUUCUCUAAAUUUGAAAUGUGGCUAGCUAAUGCCAGGUACAGCCAGCUGGUCCGCAAGGAGAGGGACUGCUUUCUGAAAGCCAGUGAUGGUGAAAAUCCUCCAGUGAAGAUCAUUUUUCCAGAUCAAAGUGAGGUGUGAAUACGAACUAUUCUGGUCGCUUGUCUUUGUGCAAAUGUGUAAUUUAGCUACAAGUACAACACACUGCUCUUGGGCUGUUCUUGAAACAUGGCCAGUGGGUUUUUAAUUUUUGCUCACUAUAAUGUUUGGAACUAGAGAUGGGCACAAAGUGUAGAUCAGCACUUUGGUGCAGUUCAGUGGAUCGGGCCCACAGGUUUUGCGCUGGCUUCCCUGCCCCACCUCUUCCUCUGAGUGGGCACCUACAGGAGGGAGCCGGGUGGGGUAAUCCAGGGCGCCCAUGCAACACCUGUGGGUCCAAUCCGCUAAACUGAACCACUGCAUUGAACCACAGUCAUGCCCAUCUCUAUUUGGAACCAAUUGACAUUAAAGAAACAUGCUUCAUUUGUGUUGCCCAGGGAACUUUUCAGUUCCCAAAUAAUUUGUAAUAAUACUAUAUGGCAUUGUAUAAAUCUCAUGAAACUGAAUUCAGGAUGUAAUCCUAUACAAACUCCCCUUUGUAAUUUCCAUUGUAAUUUCCAUUGAAUCAAUGGGGCUUGCUUCUGAGUAGAUAACACAUAGGAUUGCACUGUUCUAAAAAGGAGCCAGGUAGAUUUUUCAUAAAUAUGGGAACUGAUGUCACCAUACCCUGUUGCAUGUUUGGCAGUUGUGAUAUUUCUAAAUCACUUUCCAAUGCUUAUUUUUAAUAAACAGUAUUUAAGGGCUACAUG